UGGACUAUGUUUUUCUGGGAUGGAACCGAGGACUGAAGUUGCUGACACAAUGCCAAUGAGUUCUUUUGCAAAAAAAGAAAAAAUAUAAGGGUUCUGGAUUUUAACUUUUGUUAUUUCUGGGGUAAAUUUGCCUAAUUUGUUCAAUUAAAUUGGAUAACGGGACCUAUUUUUAAUAAGUAUCGCAGUUUGUAAAACAUUCCUGUGAGCAUGCUUCUGCUGUCAGCAGAAAGUUGGAGACUGGCUGCUCUACGGAGAAAACUGAUGAAGAAAUUUACUGAAUAAAAUCUGGAUAAAAACUGACUUUGAUCAACGCUGUAUCAAAAGGAAGGACUGAUAUGUGGGGAUCAUCCCCAGAAUCUGGACCAGAAACUUAAACCAACUCUACAUCAUACAGACGGACAGGGCACUACAGCUGUGGAGACGGGCAGCGUGCUGUCCAACAAACCAGCCUGACGCACGGAGACGGACGGACAGACAGACAGUCUGAUGCCAACUGUCUCCACUGUCAAUCUAACGGCACCACUCCUCCUGUUGCUAUGGGUAACCCACCCUACCAUGGCAACCAACUGGCUCUCACUAGCGAGGCUUCCUCGCUCCAGGCCUGUGUCCGGUGCUGCCCCAUGUGCGCGGCUGAGGGGGCUGACCCCAGGGCAGGUGGGAGUGUGCAGGGCGCGGGGGGAGGUCAUGGAGUCUGUACGCAAGGCAGCCGAGAUGGUCAUAGAAGAGUGCCAGCACCAGUUCAGGAAUCGUCGCUGGAACUGUUCAACCACCCCACGAGGGAUCAAUGUAUUUGGCAGAGUUAUGAACCAAGGCACUCGUGAGGCAGCCUUUGUGCAUGCUUUGUCCUCGGCAGCCGUGGCAGUGGCUGUGACCCGAGCCUGCACCCGCGGGGAGCUGGAGAGGUGUGGCUGUGACAGGAAGGUCAGGGGGGUCAGCCCUGAGGGUUUCCAGUGGUCAGGGUGCAGUGACAACCUGUCCUAUGGUGUGGCUUUCUCCCAGACCUUUGUGGAUGAACCGGAACGAGCCAAGGGGCUGUCAGCUGGGCGGCCGCUUAUGAACCUCCAUAACAACGAGGCUGGUCGAAAGGCCAUCCUUCACAACAUGCAGGUGGAGUGUAAGUGUCAUGGCGUCUCUGGCUCCUGUGAAUUAAGGACCUGCUGGAAGGUCAUGCCUCCAUUCAGGCGUGUUGGCGUUGUGCUCAAGGAACGCUUUGAUGGAGCCACAGAGGUUCGUCUGACACGUAUUGGCUCAAGGACAGCCUUGCUCCCCCGUGACCCUCAGGUCAAACCCCCUGCUGCCAGGGACCUUGUCUACCUUGCACCCUCUCCAGAUUUCUGUCAUCUUGACCCUGAUAAUGGUAUCCCUGGGACGGCUGGUAGGAGAUGUAAUGGAACCUCUCGGCUGGCACCAGACGGCUGUGAGCUGGUGUGCUGUGGACCUGGGUACAGAGCGGGCCGGGCUGAGGUAGUUCAACGCUGUUCCUGCAAGUUCUCCUGGUGUUGCUCAGUCCGCUGCCAGCAGUGCAAGAACACAGUCACUAUUCACACCUGCAGAGUGUAGAUGGCCCAAGCAAGACCCAUCUGAUCAUAGAAAUACUGAAACAAUCCACCAGAGGGAUACAAGCAACACAGACAAUGACACGUUUCUUCACAUCUUUAGCUCUAGAUUCUGACCAAAAAGUAAGAUUUAUUUACAAAUUCUGAUCCCAGAGCAGCGAAUCCACAAAAAUAAAAAGUAAGAUUUAAGUUCUCUUUAACUGAUGUAACACUGCAAUUCACAAUACAGAGAUAAACAAGGGCAGGCACAGACACGCACGCACACUUGAAUGCAUGAACACACUCACAUCCCACAACAGAUAAUCUGACACUGAGCUGACAAAGCUUUUACAGCUGAACUUAACCAGAACUAACAGGAAAACACUACAGCACUCUUUUCUUUUAUGCAAACUAUUUGAUUUGUGUCAUAGACUAGUAGGUCUGUGUAUGUGUACAUUUACUCUAUUUAUGUCUUCUUCUUCUCUCUCUUGGUUUAUUUAUUUGUAUAUCUGAGUCUAUGCUUCACUUCACUUUUUGGCAGCAACAUCUUAAACUAAAAAAAAAAAAAAAAAAAAAAAAAAAAAAAAAAAUACUACUAUUACUACUGACACCAGUGUCUGUCUUGUGCUUUGUCCCUCAUCCUCAUGGGAAUCUUUUCUGUAUGUUUCUGCACAUGCAGUGCUUUUA